UGCCUCUGACGCAAGUUUUUAGCGCCGAAGUUGCCGGAACCGUUCCUGGGCGCGCCGACGGAGGAGGCGGGAUGUGAAGAUGUCCUCUGCAGCCCAGUGUUUGAUCCGCUGUAGGAGACUAAGCACCGCUGGCCCCAGAGUUGGCAAGAUGUUGCUGUGGAAGGACAUCAGAACAAUUGCGAAGGUUACAGGGGCUAUUGUUCUUGGAGGUGGUGUUUUCAUCACUUACGAGGUAGUCGCCUUAAACAAAGCGUUCUCCAUCAACACCCAGGCCAUUCUUCAGGAGAAGCAUAAGUCAUACAUCUACCUGAGUACGGCGCACCUGAAGGACCAGGAUGGCUUUGGCCCAGGUCUCACAUACAAGGCAAGAAAAGAACUUCACAAAGCGGUGAGAAGAAUUAUUGAAAUUUCGUCAAAAGUCCUUCUUCGGCCCCUGGAUGAGCAUCUGAGCCAUCUAGAUGCAGACCCCCAUGAAUGUGCCCUCUGGGUGCUGCUGAAGAGGGCAGGGUCUGCCGACAGGAACGUCAGGCAGAAAGCUGUCCGCGAUCUGGCUGAGAACCACCACUGGCAUGAGUACCAGUACCGCACAGCAGCCCAGGCGGUGGAUCAGCGCACCAGCAUCGCUUUGGCACGGACACCGAAUGUGGAUCUACGUUUCUUCUUACCUCCACCUGCACUGCCCGCGGUGGAAGAUGGCUUCUCGGUGGAAGACGGCCUGCGGUGUUUGCUGGCUUCCCUGCCCCAGUCGGAGGUGGAUCAGUGUGUGCAAUACUUCACCUCGCUGGCACUGCGGGAGAGCAGUCAGUCACUCGCAGCACAGAGGGGUGGCCUGUGGUGCUUCGGAGGGAAUGGUCUGCCCUACGCCCAGAGCCUGACCUCUGUACCCGCAGAGAAGGUGGAGUCCUUCUGCCUGGAUGCCCUGGUGCAACACUCCAAGGUCCCGAGUCACUGCGAGAAAAUCGUGUCCAACGGGGGCCUGCAGCUUCUACGGAGGGUCUACCAGCUCCGCUGGGACUCGCAGAAGAUCCAGAGGAAUGUAGUGCGGAUCAUUGGGAACCUUGCGCUGAACGAAAACUUGCACACAGCCAUCAUGCAGUCAGGCUGGGUGUCCAUACUGGCAGAGAUGCUCCAGUUUCCACUUGUCAUGCAGGCUUCCCAUGCUGCUCGAGCUCUAGCCAACUUGGAUCGGGACGCUGUGUCCGAGAAGUAUCAGGAUGGUGUGUACGUGCUGCACCCACAGGGUCGCUCCAGUCAGCCCAUUAAGGCUGACAUCCUCUUCAUACAUGGCUUACUGGGGGCUGCUUUCAAGACAUGGAGACAGAGGGACCGGGAUCAUACAGAAGAAGGACAUGCGACCAAGGAUAGGGAGAACUACGCCGAGUGCUGGCCCAAGUCGUGGCUGGCUGCGGACUGUCCGAACCUGAGGGUCCUGUCCAUAGAGUACGACACCCACCUGAGUGACUGGAGAGCCAAGUGUCCUGCAGAGAACCAAAGGAAGUCUCUGGCCUACAGGAGCCAGGAGAUGCUGGAAAAGCUGAAGGUGGCAGGUGUGGGGGACAAACCAGUGGUGUGGGUGGCCCACAGCAUGGGAGGUUUACUGGUUAAAAAGAUGCUCCUGGAUGCAUGGAAGGACCCUGCCCUGCAGCCGCUUGUGAAAAACACAAAGGGUAUCAUGUUCUACAGUGUUCCUCACCGAGGGACGUUCAUGGCUGAGUACUCGCUCAACGUGAGAUACCUCCUCUUCCCCUCCAUAGAGGUUAAAGAGCUCUGCAGAGAUUCGCCAGCUCUGCGCGAGCUGAACGAGAACUUCCUCAGCAUGGUCCGAGAGCAUGAGUUUAAGGUGUUGAGCUUCACUGAGAUGCUGCCCACAUCCGUCGGGCCAAUGAUCAAACUGCAUGUGGUUCCAGCGCAAUCCGCAGAUCUGGGAAUUGGUGACCUCAUUCAGGUGGAUGUAGAUCAUCUCAAUAUCUGCAAACCUGAGAAUAAAGAUUCAUUCCUUUACAAGCGAAGCUUACAGUUCAUCAGGGAUGCGAUGGGAGGCCAUGUUGUCCACUGAUCCACAGUCAUCUAGUGUUGUUGGCCUUUCUCGUCCUUCGUGCUCACCGUCAUGUGUAGUGUGGACUACUCUAUCUUACAAUACCUUUGUUUUAGAAGAACAAUCUACAUGUGGGACAUGGACUUCAAAACUACGUUCUAUGAAUUGAUGAAAGUCUUGUCCAGAGCACAUUGGUGUUCACCUGCUUGUACCAAAAUAGUGGGAGAAUUUUGCACUUACUUCCAGUAUGUGUAACAAUAUGACUUGCGAUGAGGAGAUUUUCAGAUUUUCCAGGGUGAUCUGAGACUGAACUUAAUCACAGAAUAGUGUUUGGGAAAUACAUUUAAAGUAUAUUGUUUAAAACAGUUACACACAGAGCUACCAGCAAACGUGUUUUAUUGCACAAUGCAAAUUUUAUCAAGUAUAUGUACAAGAGACUCUGGGGGGGGGAACAAACCCUGUUUUAAAUUGUUUGCCUUGCUUGAUUCUUUAUUGUCCACCUGUGGUAUUUAUUAAAUGUCUGAAACAUUAUUAGCUCAUGCCUUCCUCUAAGGAGACUCCCAAUGGCACUGAUAAACAUGUUCUGAGUCAAACUGGAAGAGGUACAAAUCAGUAACAUGUCAGGUCUAUUUUAAAUACAUAUUUAUUAAUGUUUUGUUUAUUUAACUUACUAACAUGUUAUUACCACCACUAAAUUGAGUUCCUUCCCCUUUAAAACAACUGUCUGAGUACAAACCGAUGUUAACAGUAAUUUUCA